GAGGCGCCGGCGGUGUUCGAGGCGGAGCUCGGGGGAGCCCGGCUGGCUGCUGCAGGCGGAGGGCGGGCAGGGAGAGAGCCGCCCUCCUGAUCUCCUCCCGCGGCCGGCGAGCAGCCCGCAGAGGGACGCGGGCUCCCGGCGCUCCGCAUAAAAAAUGGCAUUUCAGAAGGCAGUGAAAGGAACUGCUCUCAUUGGAGGAGGUGCCAUAGCAACAGUUUUUGGCCUCUCUCAAUUUUCUCAGCAUAGAAACAAACACGGUGCCCUGGUGCAGGUGCAGGCUGCGGAGGCCGUUCCAGGCAGGCAGGAGCAUCUCCCCACGCGGGAGCAGCAGCUGGCGGCCCUGCAGAGCGGCGCGGAGUUCGACGUGCUGGUCAUCGGCGGGGGAGCCACGGGCUGCGGCUGUGCCCUGGACGCGGCCACCAGAGGACUAAAAACAGCCCUUCUAGAAAGAGAUGAUUUCUCAUCGGGGACCAGCAGCAGGAGCACUAAAUUGAUCCACGGUGGGGUGAGGUACCUCCAGAAGGCCAUCAUGAGGUUGGAUUUCGAGCAGUACAGGAUGGUGAAGGAGGCCCUGGAGGAGCGUGCACACCUGCUGCAGAGCGCGCCCCACCUCUCAGGUGCGCUGCCCAUCAUGCUGCCCAUCUACAAGUGGUGGCAGCUGCCCUACUACUGGAUUGGGAUCAAGCUGUACGACCUGGUGGCAGGCAGGCAGUGCCUGAAGAGCAGCUACGUGCUGACCAAGAGCCGCGCCCUGGAGCUGUUCCCCAUGCUGCGCCGGGACAAGCUGGUGGGAGCCAUUGUCUACUACGACGGACAGCACAACGACGCGCGCAUGAACCUGGCCAUCGCCCUGACCGCCGCCCGCUACGGCGCUGCCACCGCCAAUUACACCGAGGUGCGGCACCUGCUCAAGUGCUCGGACACGGGCCGUGUCUGCGGCGUGCGCUGCAGGGACGUGCUCACCGGGAAGGAGUUCGAUAUCAAAGCCAAGUGUGUUAUCAAUGCCACGGGACCUUUCACAGACUCAGUCCGCAAAAUGGAUGAUCAGGAGGUGCCCAACAUCUGUCAGCCCAGUGCAGGCGUGCAUAUCGUGAUGCCUGGAUAUUACAGCCCUGACAACAUGGGGCUGCUGGACCCGGACACCAGCGAUGGCAGAGUGAUCUUCUUCCUGCCCUGGGAGAAGAUGACGAUCGCAGGGACCACGGACAGCCCCACGGAUGUCACCGCCCACCCCAUCCCCACCGAGGAGGACAUCAACUUCAUCCUGUGCGAAGUGCGCAACUACCUGGGCCCCGACGUGGAAGUGAGAAGAGGAGAUGUGCUGGCAGCCUGGAGCGGCAUCCGGCCCCUGGUGACCAACCCCGACUCCAAGGACACCCAGUCCCUGUCCCGGAACCACGUCGUGACCGUCAGCGACAGCGGCCUCAUCACCAUUGCAGGUGGGAAGUGGACGACCUACCGUGCCAUGGCCCGGGACACCAUCGACGCGGCCGUGCGCGAGCACAACCUGCAGGCAGGCUCCUGCAGAACCAUGGGGCUGCAGCUCGAGGGGGCCCAGGACUGGAGCCCCACGCUCUACAUCAGACUGGUGCAGGACUAUGGACUGGAGAGUGAGGUGGCUCAGCACCUGGCUUCCACCUAUGGGGACAAGGCUUUUGAGGUGGCCAAAAUAGCCCAGGUGACAGGGAAGAGGUGGCCUAUUGUUGGGAAACGUCUGGUAUCUGAAUUUCCUUACAUCGAAGCUGAGGUGGUGUACGGGGUGAAGGAGUACGCGCGCACGGCCGUGGACAUCAUCUCGCGCCGCACGCGCCUGGCCUUCCUCAACGUGCAGGCUGCCGACGAGGCCCUGCCCCGCAUCGUGGACAUCAUGGCCAAGGAGCUCAACUGGAGCGAGCAGAAGAAGAAGGAGGAGCUUGAAACGGCUAAAACAUUCCUGUACUAUGAAAUGGGCUACAAAGUGAAAACAGAUCAAUUAACAGAUAGCUCUGAGAUCAGCCUGGUGCCUGCAGACAUUGAGAGGUACAAGAAGCGCUUCCGCAUGUUUGACAAGGACAAGAAGGGCUUCAUCACCAUCCUGGACGUGCAGCGUGUGCUGCAGAGCAUCAGCGUGCAGAUGGACGAGAACACCCUCCACGAGAUCCUCAACGAGGUGGAUCUCAACAAGAACGGGCAGGUGGAGCUCAACGAGUUCCUGCAGCUGAUGAGCGCCAUCCAGAAGGGCCGCGUGUCGGGCAGCAGGCUGGCCGUGCUGAUGAAGAGUGCCGAGGAGAACCUGCGGCGCCAGGCCAUCCCCGUGGACCGCAGCGGCGGCGGGCUCUGAGCCCUGAGCC